AUGCCAACAGAUAACAGCCACCUGCUAGACACUAUCCAAGAACAAGACCCUGUUACUACUUCGAGCAAUAAUUGCCUGCAUAAUGCUGAGGAAUUGGGAAUUGAACAAGAAGAUGGCAUUUAUAACAGUGACCUGUGUAACAGUAUUAGAGUUCCCAACUCUGCCAGCCAGUCAUCCACUUCCAUGGCUAUUCCUUUGGAGGUGCCCAGAAGAGGACAACCCCUUUUACGGAUCAACAGGCAGCAGAUUCAGUCCAUCUCAUCUAGUGCACAGGCUGCUGAGCUCAAAGGGUUAGGAGUUGAUGUCUAUGACCAGGAUGUAUUGGAGCAAGGAGUUCUUCAGCAAGUAGAUAAUGCAAUUAAUGAAGCUAAUAAAGCAACAAAAAUAGCUGAUGCGGAGAAAGAAUAUCAGUCAGUGCUGGAUGACUUAAGAUCAUGUACAACGUCUCUGAAACAAAUAAAUAAAAUUAUUGAGCAACUUUCACCUCAAGCUGCCGACAACAAAGAUAUAAACAGAAAACUAGAUUCUGUAAAACGGCAAAAAUAUAACAAGGAACAACAGCUAAAGAAGAUCAAAGCAAAACAAAAGCGUCUCCAAGCAGUUCUUGGUGGAACAGAGAUUCUUGAUAAAGUACAUGAGAUUGAAUUUGACGAAGAUGAAGAACCUGGUCCAUCAUGUCUUGGCAGUAUGCUUAUGCCUGUUCAGGAAACAGAGUGGGAAGAGCUUAUUCGUACUGGCCAGAUGACUCCAUUUGGAACUAAAAUACCUCAGAAGCCAGAGGGGAAGGCACGACGAUUAAUGCUAAAUGAAGCAUCUGAUUUUGAGAAGUACUUAGCAGACCAAGCUAAGCUGUCAUCUGAAAGAAAGAAGUUAUCCCUUCGCAAAGGAGCAAAGAAGAAAACACAAGGCAAACAUGUUCAGUGCAUAGCUCCCGCAUCUACUACAAAAGAAAAAAGGGGUAAAGCCCUGUCAAAAACAGAUAAGCGCUUAAAAAAACACAUGAGAAAACUUCAGAAGCAUGCCCUUCAGAUUCAGUCAAAGGCAGCGAUUCCAAAAGGAAAGAAAUAUCUUGAGGCCCAGAAGUUCAGGCGUGAACAGGAGGAUGAUAGUGGAGAGUCUGAGUAUGUACCUGAUGAGGAGCUCUUUGAUCCAGAAGCAGCAGAAGAGGAGGAAAAGCAGGCAUCUUCUCAUGCUGAGAAUGAUUCUGAUUAUGAACUCAGGGAUUUGUCAAGAAAAAGAAAAUAUUCGGUGAAGGGAGAUUUUAAAGAAGCUGAAGAUGAUGCUGACUUCUUUCCAAGCUCUGAGGAAGAAGAGCACACACUGGGGAAGCGCAAAGUAAAGAGAUGGAGAGAUGAUGGAGAUGAAGACUAUUAUAAGCAGAGACUAAG